AUGUAGAAAAUAUAAGAUGACUAAUAAUAUAUAAAAAAUACAAAGAGCAUGUAGAAGAUGUAAGAAAUUGCAGAUAGAUUAGCAUCCACAACACCUGAUUUAACAAAAUGUAAAUUUGAAUUUAAUUGUUAGUUAUUAAUCCUGAGGCAAUCUUAAAACCGACGAAAAUGUAAAUUGAUUUAUAAGGUAAGAAAGGUGAUCCAAAUGAUCCAAAAAAUAAGAAAAAAUAAAUCUAAUAAAUAAAUAAUAUAGCAAAAAAUGAAAUGACUGCAUAAGAUUGGAUGUAAAAGUCUUCAGAAUUGUAAUCAAUAUUGGAAAAAGAAAAGAUGAGAACAAAUUAAUUAGAAUUAGAACUAAAAAAUAGAUAAGAAAGAUUUGUUAAUAGAGAAAUUGAGUAUAGAAAAACAAUAGAAGAAUUAUAAUCUGAAUUAAGAGCUAAAACAGCUUUAGAUUAAGGUGAUAGAAAAAUAAUGGAGAAUAUAUAUAAGGAUCAUAAUAAAAUAAUUGAGGGAAUAAAUAAUAUUUAAUUAAGAACAUCGAAAAUAUUAGUGGAUUAGGAGAGAGAUAUUAUUAGAUUUUUUAAUAAUAAAAUAAAUGAAAUAAAGAAAUAGUUUGAAGAGGAAAGAAUAAAGAAAGGUAAAAAUGAUUAGGAAUAUAUUGAAAAAGAAAAUUAAUUGAUUAGUGAAUUAGAAUGGAUUAAAAAUAUAGCUUAAAAAAUAGAUAAUGAAAAUCAUUCUCUGAUGUAAAAAUAUAAAGAAUUAAAAAUAUAGUAUUAGACAUAAGAGAAUGAUCGAGAAAUGCUUUUAAAAGAGUUAAUAAUGAAAAAAAAAAAAAAUGCGAUUCUUAAAUCAUAAAUAUAAUAAUAUGAGAAAUUAUUAAAUGAAGUUUAAAAAGAUGAAAUAGAAUAGGAUGAUUAAUCUUUUGAUUAACCAUCAUAUUAAGAUAUUGUAAGACCUGGAAGUAAAGCUAAAGUUAGAAUAAGAUCUGUUAAGAAUUCAGCUUAAUCUUAGAAUNAAAGAAGUAAAACCAAAUUAUGGAAUAUUUAAUAUAUAUAUUAAAAAAGAUUAAUCAGCGUAAUUUUAGAUGAAAUAAUCAUAGAAACUAUUUUAUAAUUGA